AUGGAGACUGCCUUUUUGGGAGACAUCGCACUGGAUGAAGACGACCUCCGCUUAUUCAAAGGAGCUGAUGAUGCACAGCACGCUGUCCAGAGCAACCACACAAACUCAGCUAACAGUUCCACUUCCAGUGAAAACAGAAGGAGUGAGAGGGCUGCUGACAGACACAGCCUCCGUCGACAGAGGAGAGCAGCCACCGCCAGACCUGAGCGAGUAUGGCCUGAUGGUAUCAUCCCCUACGUGAUCAGCGGAAAUUUCAGUGGCAGUCAGCGAGCCAUUUUCCGUCAGGCGAUGCGUCACUGGGAGAAACACAUUUGUGUAACGUUCACAGAGAGAGCGACUGAAGAAAGCUACAUUGUUUUCACUUACAGACCUUGUGGGUGUUGCUCCUAUGUGGGGAGGAGAGGUGGCGGCCCUCAGGCCAUCUCUAUAGGAAAAAACUGUGAUAAGUUUGGCAUCGUUGUGCAUGAACUCGGCCACGUGAUUGGCUUCUGGCAUGAACACACACGUCCGGACCGUGAUGAGCAUGUAAGCAUCAUCAGAGACAACAUUCAACAAGGGCAGGAGUAUAACUUCCUGAAGAUGGAACCAGGGGAGGUCGACUCACUGGGAGAGGUAUACGACUUUGGCAGCAUCAUGCAUUAUGCAAGGAAUACAUUUUCCAGAGGCAUCUUCUUAGACACAAUCUUGCCCCGUUAUGAUGUCAAUGGAGUCAGGCCGUCUAUUGGGCAGAGGACCAAGCUCAGUAAAGGAGACAUUGCACAGGCCUGCAAACUCUACAAAUGCGCAAAAUGUGGGGAAAGUCUGCAGGACAGUUCUGGAAACUUCUCUUCCCCUGGUUUCCCUAACGGAUACUCGGCAUACACCCACUGUGUCUGGAGGAUUUCUGUCACUCCUGGAGAAAAGAUUGUUCUCAAUUUUACGUCCAUGGACCUCUUCAGGAGUCACUUGUGCUGGUACGACCAUGUCGAAGUCCGGGACGGCUUCUGGAGGAAGGCUCCUCUAAAAGGGCGCUUUUGUGGAGACACACUUCCAGCUCAGAUUAUCUCGACCGACAGCCGACUGUGGAUUGAAUUCAGGAGCAGCAGCAGCUGGGUGGGCAAAGGAUUUUCAGCUGUUUAUGAAGCCAUCUGUGGAGGAGAGGUGAAGCGGGAGAGCGGCCAGAUCCAGUCGCCUAAUUAUCCUGAUGAAUACCAGUCCAACAAAGAGUGUGUGUGGAAAAUCACAGUGGCAGAGGGGUUUAAUGUUGGCCUCUCCUUUCAGUCAUUUGAGAUUGAGAAACACGACAGUUGUACCUACGACUACGUGGAAGUGAGAGACGGCGCUUCAGAGAGCAGCCCGCUGCUCGGACGUUUCUGCGGGUACGACAAACCAGACGACAUCAAAAGCACCUCCAACCAGCUCUGGCUUAAGUUUGCAUCUGACGGAUCGGUCAACAAAGCUGGGUUUGCGGCCAACUUUUUUAAAGAGAUGGAUGAGUGCUCCAGACCUGACAAUGGUAAUUGCAAGCAGCGCUGUCUGAACACACUGGGUAGCUACAGAUGUGCUUGUGACCCGGGGUAUGAGCUGGCAGCUGACAAACACACCUGUGAGACAGCUGCCUGUGGUGGAUUCAUCACCAUGCUGAAUGGCUCCAUCAUCACCCCCGGCUGGCCCAAAGAAUACCCACCCAACAAGAACUGUGUCUGGCAGCUAGUGGCACCCAUUCAGUAUCGCAUCACCCUGGUGUUUGAUGUGUUUGAAACCGAAGGGAAUGAUGUGUGUAAAUAUGACUUUGUGGAAGUGCGCAGUGGGUUGAGCUCAGACUCGAAGCUUCACGGCAAAUUCUGUGGAGCAGAGAAACCAGAGGUCAUCACCUCCCAGCAGAACAACAUGAGAAUUGAGUUUAAGUCUGAUAGCACCGUCUCCAAGAGAGGCUUCAAGGCUCAUUUCUUCUCUGAUAUAGAUGAGUGCUCCAAAGGUAAUGGAGGCUGCCAGCAUGAAUGUGUAAACACCUUCGGGAGCUACAGCUGUCAGUGUCGCAGGGGCUUCAUGCUGCACGACAACAGGCAUGACUGCAAGGAAGCGGGAUGUGAUCAUGUGAUAAACAGUGUGUCCGGCACCAUCGCCAGCCCCAACUGGCCUGACAAAUAUCCCAGCAAGAAGGCUUGCACCUGGUCUCUUUCUACAACCCCGGGCCAUCGAAUCAAACUCAUUUUUAAUGAGGUCGACAUGGAGGCUCAUCUGGAGUGCGCUUAUGAUCAUCUGGAGAUUUAUGACGGAAGAGACAAUCGCGCCGCGACUCUGGGACGGUUUUGUGGCACCAAAAAGCCCUCUCCGGUCAUCUCCAGCGCCAACAAAAUGUUCCUGCGUUUCUUCUCCGACAACUCUGUGCAGAAGAGAGGGUUUGAGGCUUCGUACAGAGCAGAAUGUGGAGGAAGCUUUAAAGCAGAGGUCAAGACAAAAGAUCUGUACUCCCAUGCCCAGUUUGGAGAUAACAACUACCCUGGAGGCUCUGACUGUUUGUGGGUGGUAACUGCUGAGAAGGGUUACGGUGUCGAGAUCAUCUUCCAAGUGUUUGAAAUUGAAGAGGAGGCUGACUGCGGGUACGAUUAUGUGGAGCUAUAUGACGGCGCUGACACCAAGUCUCCCAGGCUGGGACGAUACUGCGGAUCUGGGGCCCCAGAGGACGUGUACUCAGCUGGAGACUCCAUUGUUCUAAAAUUUCACUCGGAUGACAGCAUCAAUAAAAAAGGCUUUCAUGUACGCUACAUAAGCACAAAGUUCCAGGACACAUUACACGUAAGCAAGUGACUUUCCAAACCUUCCCCAAACCUAAAUGGAGACUUCACCCCUAGCAUUUGGUUGGUCACACCCAUUUCCUGGCGAGGAGUGAAUGCACGGGUUGAUACCACAAACAACAGCCCAAACGCUUUACAUUGACUUCUGUUAGACAGACUGAAGCCAUGCAGAGACAUUACAUCUUCACUCUUCAUCAUCAUAUAGCCCUGUACCGUAACAGUUUGAAUGAUUUCAUAUAUAAAUAUACAAUCGCACCACUUGUAAUGAGCUGAUUGGAGCGCUGUUUUAAAAUGUAAAAUGUAUAUAUUGUGAUAAUAG